AAUUGCGGAGAACGUUUCACCUUGGCGCCAUUGUCGAAGUGUGGGACUGGUCCUAUAUUAGGCGAUCUUUGCGUAGGCUCUCCCCCCCCUCCCCAAGCACUGACGCAGGGUGACGCAGUGCUCUUUGCCGUCACCUGUGAAGCGGAAACCGAACUGUUUGCAUGAUGAACGACGAGCCGGAAGCGUUUGACUGGGCGGAGGUGGGAGCUUUACCUGGGGCGUGAAAGGCAAAGGCGCCGUGUUAAAUGGCUUUCAACUUGUAUCUGCCUUAAUAUUUUUGCCCCGACAUGUCAGCUCUGUCGUCGCCCGCCGCCGCGGUGAAAAAGAAGCACGUUCGCUUUGCUAGCAUGGACGACGAGCAGGAAGAGGACACCUUGUUUGACAAGAGGAAGGACGCGGAGCGAGGCGGCCCGAGGAGCGCGCUGAAGGCGGCCAAGAGGACGACGAAAGCGGGAUGUAGCGACCGGGUGCAAGUGGUCGGCGGCGGGGGACGAGGGGGCGGACACGCGGCGUGUGGCCGCUGGAUGGUCAGCCUCACGCUCUGCGCCUCCUUUCUCGGCCUGGGGAUGGGCAUCUCUGUUAUCGGACCCACAUUUGAGGACCUGGCUUUGAACGUCAAGAAGAACAUCAGCAAUAUCUCCUACAUCUUCGUUGGUCGAUCUGCAGGCUACAUGGGCGGCUCACUCAUAGGAGGUGUCCUUUUUGAUUGCAUGAACCCCAAUCUGCUGCUAGGUUUUUCUAUGCUGAUUACUGCAUGUGGAAUGUGCGCUAUCCCUUUCUGCAAGCAAGCUCUGCUUCUCACCGGGUUUAUGUCCAGCAUCGGCAUCUCUAUGGGGAUUCUGGACACGGGUGGGAACGUCCUCAUACUGAACACGUGGGGCGAGCGGGCUGGACCUCACAUCCAGGCUCUCCACUUCAGCUUUGCAGCCGGUGCCUUUGUGUCACCAGUCAUAGCCAAGCUGCUGUUCGGGCACAACGCAAACGGCAGCUACGGCGCGGAAACCUCGGCGAACAACGCGACGUACCCCGUCGCGAACGACGAUCGCACCGCCGUCCGCUCCAUCCACAGCAGCGACAGCAACCUCAGAUCCAUGUGGGCCUACAUUGUGAUCGGCUCGUUUGUCCUCCUCACCGCCGUCCCGUUCUUCUUUCUCUCGGUUCGCGGCGACGUGUCACGCGACAACUGGCGGACAUCCUCAGCGAAGCCCCCGGUGGCCAGACAUCACAGGGUGCUUGUCGUCCUGCUCUUCUUCUUUUUCUUUGCCUACGUAGGUGCUGAGGUGGCCUACGGCUCCUUCAUCUUCACCUUUGCCAAGGAUUACGCUCAAAUGAGUCAGUCCCAAGCAGCUGGGCUGAAUUCUUUCUUCUGGGCGACGUUUGCCGCCUGUCGGGGCCUGGCCAUCUUCUUUGCUUCCUGCAUGUACCCGGGCACCAUGAUACUGCUGAGCCUGGUGGGCACCACUCUGUCCGCCCUCUUUCUUUGCCUCUUCAGCAAGGACAAAGUAAUGCUGUGGGUUUGCACUGGUUUGUACGGGGCGUCCAUGUCCUCUACCUUCCCCACUGGGAUUUCCUGGUUGGAGCAGUACACCACAGUGACAGGCCGCUCGGCAGCCACGUUCGUGGUGGGCGCCGCCCUCGGCGAGAUGGUGUUGCCCGCUCUCGUCGGCUUCCUGCUGGGGAAAAUUCACGGACACCCCCUGUUGAUGUACCUGUCGCUCAUCACGGCUACUUUCACCGCCAUCCUUUUCCCAGUCAUGUACAAGCUGGCGUCCGUAUCGGUGGGUCAGAUCAGGAAACGCCGCGGGAGGGGCCAAGCGGACGCCGACGACAGCGAAUACCGACAGGCGCUGCUGGAUUCGGGAGCGAUUGACGAGGAGGACGAGGCCGAUCAGUGGAACGAUGCGGACUUUGAAGGCAUUGAAAUGGACGACACUGCGAGUCUCAUCAGUUCACCCAGUAAGGAGGGUUGUCCCCCGAAUAUCGAUGGUGACAGUGGCCUGGCUCCCCCUAGCACGCAGCUUAGUGAACCUGCAAAGUGUUCCUCAUCCUCAGACGGCAUCUCCCUGGUGGGAGACUCACCCAAACGCAAACUUCUGCUCUUCCCUGACAGAGUGAAGAGAGACUGACACCUCAUUUUCAGAGCCACGCUUUCUCCUGAGUCUGUGUAACUAUCGCCUGAUGACUGAAAUGUUGGACUUUGCGCAACAAGUUAAUUCACUGGCUGGCCACACAUUUAGUUUGCCAUUAAUUGAGUCCCCAAUAAUUAAAAAAAAUGAACAUCAAGACCGAUUCUGGAUGAGCACCCGCUUGUUGUUGUUUCCCCAUUUAAAUCUAGGAUAAUCGUAGUCAUGCAUUCAGGGGAUUGACUCCAGUCUCUGCUGCGAUGCUCCACAGGAUAUACGGCGUAUAGAAAAUCGAUGCAGGGAAUGAAUGCCAAAAUGAGCCCUCAAACUGUCCCUGACUGGAAGACAAAAGUACAAGGGGCAGUCAAUAAGCAAUGAGCCCGAUUUCAUUUAACCUGCUACUAAUUGAAUGAGGUGAGCGGAUGAGCUUACGGUUAUGCCGUCAAUGCUGACUCUUAUGAUCUUCUCUGAUAAGUGCCUCGACCCUCGCACUGUUCCCAGGAUUCGACGCUGAAGGUGGUUUCUCACGGAGGUCACUCAUAGCAGGCUCUUGUUAUUCACCUUUGAUUCCUGACCCCCCCCCCCACCCCAGCCUCUUCUGCCUGGCUCUAAUGUAGAAGUAACUUGCACAACACUGGAUGUCAGAAAAUUGUUCUUCCUGUUUUACUACCUGUAAAGCAAGCUGGUUCGCAUCAUCACCAGUUUCCAAGAACAUACAAAAUGUGAUUCAGCUCUUGGGGUUCAGGUGAAGCACCGUUGAGAAACAUUUCAAACUGAACACUGAGAUGAGACGAUGCCGGUGAAGCGACCGUUGAGCCGGCGGCGGCGAUCGGAACCAUCACAAGUCGUCGAGCAGCUGUCGGAGGUACGGCGCCUUGGAGAGCUGCCGGCUCACGCGGCUCAGCUUGUGGAGAACGGGACAGUCCAGAGACACGCAUGGCAGCUGGCGCUCGGCGCAGCCACAGCAGUUCUUGCAGAUCUACACGACAAACCGCCACAACGGUAAGAACGAAUGGCUGUGUGUUCAUCAUUUUUGUAGACGAAAAGCAGUCUUGUAAUGUUGUAGUGAGUAUUACUACUUGUACUUUUAUUCGUUUUCUUUUACUACAUUUCCUUCAUGUAUUUCAUUUCCUUUUAUUGCAGUAGUCUGACAGUGCAAUCGUGAAAGAGCAAAUUUGUCUUGUAGUCUGAUCCGGCGGGCAUUGCGUGUUGUCUGUCCCACAUCGCCGACAUGUUUUUAUUUAUUUUGAUUUUUUUUUAAAUCACUUCAUUGGCCGUCAGAUAUUUACAGUACUACGUCAAAAGACACGCGACAAGACUAAAAAUAAACUAGCUUUUGGAUUCAAAUAUACUGUCCACGCGGCAACGUGUCUUGCGGAGCCGAUCAGCCCGAUAAAAUCGGUGUGAAGUCUAAUUGAGAGUAAUGUUUUUUGUUUUUUUUUUAAUAAGAAAAAUAGCACCCUAUAAUAUUGUACUUCAUAAAAACAAAGCAAUGACAUAACUGAAUACAUUUACAAAGAAUUUAACUUUUGUCACACCGCAUCGAAUGAAGGGCUUAUUGUGCUGCUGCCAGCCUUGGCCACAUGGGGGCAGUAAAAGACGAACAACGGCUAUACUGCACAUUGACGUCUGUACAGUUAAAUGCCUCAGCUCCUUGCGGUGAAUAAAGAAUAUAAUAUAAUAUAUAUUUGCCUCUGCCUGCUCUUGGAUCCAGCUCCUCGCCAUUCGUGACAGACUGCACUGUUUUGUGUUGCAAUAUCAGUUGCUCAAUCAUAUAUGGGUUGCCUUAAUGCAUACUUAAGCAUAAGCGGUAAAGCUAGCAGUUUUGUUUGACAGUAAACUCCAACUGGGAGUAGCAUUAAACGGCUUGAAGCCUCUUUUAAGAAAAGACAAAGUUUACUAUUUGUCAAAGUGCGGCUUUAUCGUAUCUCAAGUUUGUGCUCGCAAGUCAAACGGAAAGAAAAAAAAAAUCGAACGAUUGAUUUGAUCAUAUCUCGAAACACUCAAACGUUGGGUCGCUUGUAUCUCAAGGCACCACUAUCCUCACUUUUACAAAAAUGGACUCCCAACAAUUCAGUAUUGUACAUUUAAAUCCAGAAAUGUACAAAUGUCUAUAUGAUAAACAAUACUUGAAUACUUUGCCUCAGGUAAUAUUCUACAAGGUGACCGACUUCCACCAGUUAUUUUCUGUUGAAAUAAUGUAGGGUUGUGCCACCUGGUAUACACCAAAAGUUUUUUUCCCCCCCAUCACUCUGCCUUGAUCAAAUGACAUAGACCGACGGGUUGUUUACUAUUGUUGCCAUGGGUGAAGCUUUUGCCACCCGGAAGUACGUGUGCCAUGUUGUCACUAUGUGAUAAAAGAGUGUUAGAUGACCUUGAGAAGCUGCUCCUGUUCUCUCUCCUGUUGCCUCAUGUCCUGGUGGAGGGUGACGGUCACGCGCUGGGGCGAAGCGCGGCACCGCGAGCACACGCCCAGUUGGGUGAGCUCGUCGCACACGGGGCAGUGUAGCGUGGUGAAAUACUGGGAAAUGGUGCCCUUCCUCACCAUGUCCUCCCCGCCCAAACCCGAGGAGCAGGAGGCCUUCUGGAUCUGGACAAAAAGGGGAGUUUUUGGGGUGUAUGUGGUGAAGACAUUUUUUUUUUUUUUUUUUCCAGGGUGUACUUCACAUCUCAACCAGUCACCUGGGAUUGAGUGCAGCUCAUCCUAAUCCUAAUGUCUACAAGUGCUACAGAAAAUGGAUGGAUGGAGGGUUUUCGAAGGUUAAACAUAUACAGUGCCGUGAAAAAGUAUUGGCCCCCUUCUCAAGUUCUUAUAUUUUUGCAGUUUCCCCACUUGACCGUGAAAUGCUGUUUUUUUAAAUGGCGAUUUCAUUUAUUAAGGAGGAAAAACUGGACAGUUACCUGGCCCUGUGUGGAAAAGUAAUUAUCCCCCUUGUUAAACCAUGAAUUAAUUGUGGCUAAUCAGGAUUUUUGGAUAAUUUUCUCUUAUCGCACCCAAACCUGAUUAGCUCCAGACCCGUUCAAUCAAAAAAAAAAUCACUUAAACAGAAUCUGUGCCAACUAAAUCAAGUCAGACAAAAGAUCGAAGAAAGCUGCAACAUAAUGACACGAUCCAAAGAAAUUCCAGAACAGUUGAGAAAUAAAGUAAUUGCCAUCUAUCAGUCUGGAAAGGGGUUACAAAAGACAUUUUAAAGCUUUAGGAUUCCAGCGAACCAUAGGGAGAGCCAUUAUCUUCACAUGGAACAGUGGUGGCCGGCAUACAAAGAUUACCCCAAGAGACCAGCGAUGACUCAUCCAGGAGGUCACAAAGGAACUCAGGCCAACUUCUAAAGAAUGGCAGGCCUGCCUUGCCUCAGUUAAGGUCAAGGUUCAUGACACAACAAUAUAGAAGAGAGUGGACAGAAAAAUGGCAUCAAUGGCAGAGUUCCAAGGUGAAAACCACUCCUAACCAAAAACAACAAAGGCUUGUCUUACUUUUGCAAAAAAAAAAAAAAAAAAAAAUACUUUAUAGGAGAAGAUUAUACAAACUGAAGAGAUGAAAGUUGAGCUUUUGGGAAGCUGUGUCUCAUUAGAGCUGGUGAAAAAGAACAUCAUACCAACAGUCAAACAUGGUAGUAGUGGUAGUAUGAUGGUCUUGGGCUGUUUUGCUCCGUCAGGACCUGGACAAUUUGCUGUGACUGAUGGAAACAUAAAAUCCUAGAAUGUUCAGCCAUCAGUUUGUGACCUCUAGCUGAAAGCGCACUUGGGCCCUAGACCCAGGAUAACGGUCCAAAACACACCAGCAAGUCAACGUCUGAAUGGCUUAAAAACAAAAUGAAGGUUUUGGAGUGGCUUCGUCAAAGUCCAUACUUGAAUCCGAUUGAAAUGCUGUGCUACGCCCGAAUACCCUCCAUUUCUGCUGAAUUCAAACAAUUCUGCAAAUUAAAUCACCAUUUAAAAACAGCAUUUGAAGUUCAUUAUUCGUGGCCCCAUUGUAUAGCGCAGAUUUUUAGGUGCUCAUUUACGGGUUUUUACAGUAUGCGGUGAAGUCUGAAUUUAGAGUGGCACACUUUCCAUGCAGUACCACGUUGUGCCGUAACAUGCCUGGCAGCAAUAUGGGCUACCGGAAGGGAAAGAAGCAAGAAGAAGAGGACGCCCCGCCGGUGGCAUACAGUACAGUGAACCCACACUAUUCGCACCAAUAGCAAAAACCUGCGGGUAGUUGAAGCCCCCCCUGCAAAGGUUUAGAAUUGCCAAAGAUCCCACAACAUGGCAGCAGAGCACUAUUUUAGUGUAAAUUAAACUCAACUCACUUCAACAAAGAUGCCACAACAUGGGAGAAAAGGAAGACUGUUGUCGAAAUGAAGCACCUCAAUUCACUUCAAUAUAAUUCCGAGGCCCCAAGAUGCCACUAAAGGAAUUCUUUGAUUGCUUUGGCUUGAGUACAAUAACAGUGAAUAGUUGAGUUUUUUCGGCAAAUAAAUUCCCCCAAAACCUGCAAGUGAAUUUGCGAAUGAUACCCACAGAGCACAAAGAAUUAGAUGCCUGCGAAUAUUUUUCUAGGCUCUGUUUGUGUGUGUUAACGUAGCAGUUGUUUGAAGGUUUACAGUUACUUAGCUGGCCCGUUUGAGGCGUUUUCACAUUAGAUGUUAGCGUUCAAUUCUAUUUGGGUGUUGCGAUAUCAAAUCUUGAAUGAUCUUUUGUUUUAUGUGACAGGUUUACAGUCAACUUCAGCUGGGACUGACGCUUUCGCGCCUACUUUGGAGAACUGUACGGAGCAAGGGGCUUCUUUUCAUCUCUCCAACAUGAUGUUAUAAUAUAGUCUCCCGUUUAUUUCUUGACAGCGAGAGUAUGAGAACAGGCGCUAAGGAAUGUGUAAAUAGUUUCAAUUGUGUUUGAAUCCGUUUCAACCAUGCGCGAAGGGUAAAUCAAAUGAAAAAUCAUACGGUCUUUCUAUAUCCAGGAUUUACAACCUAUUGCAGGUCGGUCUGAGAUGUAUUGUCCGAUAUAAAUGUGGCGCACUGCAGCUAUAAGUACACCUCGCUGUCCAGUGACACACAUUGCAGCGUAAUUUGUGUGUGGGCAUAUUGCUUUGCAGCAGGGGGCAUGUGUGCUCAUUCAGAGAAUAGCACACUUGAUGCACAAGACUCCCUCCCUCUUCCCUUCUCGAUCACUCGACCAAUGGCAAUAGAGGAAACAUUCAUUCAACUAUAAAGCGGCCUCACCCUGGGAAGCUCCUGGUACCAGCUAAGCACAUCGACGCCGAUCAAUUGGAACAUGCGGCCCAGCGGAGGCAGGAUCUGCUUGGUGAGGUAAUAGGUGGCGUUGAGACGGAGGCCGGCGUCCUGCAGCACUUCCAGGGGCCGACGGACCAGCCGGAUGAGGGGCAAACCGGGCAUUCCGUAUACAAUCACGUAGGGCACGCGCUCUCCCACGCGAGGCUCCAGGCGACGGUCGUACGCCAUCGUACGCCUGCGGCACAUACAUGGACGGAUCAAUGAUGAGCAACAAGUCACGUGUCCAAUCACAGCGCGGUAUUCCUCUUGUAGGCUGGAUUUACGCAGAAUGGUUCAAGUGGCAAUUCAAAUCUUAAAGCGGCACAAUUAGGAUGUUCGCCACGGCCAGUGUUGCCACAGUUACCUUGAAAAAGCAACUUAAGUUACUUUACCCAUUACUUGAACUUAAAAGUAACUUAGUUACUUAUCCGAUUACUUAAGUAACUACUUUAGAAAAAAGUAACUUUUUGGUUAUUUUCAGCAGCGGUCAAGUGGAGGGAAGGUCAACUUUAUGCACAGUACAAAAAAAGCAUGCGCUUAACCGUACCCAUGACUCGGUAAUGUACGCCACACAAGUUACAGAAUGAUGUCAUCAACAUGAAAAAUAGGAGUGGAGUGGAGUUGAAGCCACAUUAAAUGAGCAACUUAGCAACCCUGCCGAUUGUGUGGCGUCCGUCAAGGCAACUGUGUGUGUACGCGGUGUACAACAAACCUUAGUAUUGGCCUCUUUCGAGAAACCCGAAGUAGUGAGUGUAUUUGCAGUUUAAGUAUGCCAAUCCCUCGUCGCCGUCCAUUGUGUUUUUGCGCCGCUGGCUGCUUGGGUACACGCGAGUUGACUGGCGAUGUCCGGAAAACGCGCAACACGUCACGCGACGUCAUUGCGCCAGACGGCUCCGUUGAUCAAUAUAUCGGCUUUUUUCGAUAUUGUAGUUAGUCGUCGUAUGCAUUGAAGUUAUGGAUAGCUAAGAUUAUAGUGUGUUUCGUCUGUUUUAUCAGUCAUUACUAAAACAAAGGUUGAAAAUUGGUCUACACUCGUGACAUGCACCGUGACUGAAUCAAGUGUCUUAGUUCUUGACUCGCCUCAUGUUCCCAAGCACGGUAGUUUGUUAAUGAUAAAUAUCUGGUGUCUAAGCAAAAAAAAAAGCAUAUUUUAAUAUCAAAAACAUAUUACGGUCAGUUUCUCGUGAACGAAAAAGUAACUAUUGGCAGAUAAAGUAACUGUAAUCUGACUACCGUAUUUUCACGACCAUAAGGCGCACUUAAAUGAACGGGGGCCCCUCAUAAUGCGGCGCGCCUUGUGUGUGCACCGAGUAAAUGUUGUGCGAUGAGCGCUCCGCUUGACGGACUGGGCGCAUUUCCUGCCGACACGCUGCAUAUGUAGAGGAAAGGCGGACGUUAAAGGGGGAAGGGUGCGCGUGACAAUGACGAGAGGGAACCUGGCGUGUUUGAUGGAGAACUGGCCCAGCUGUUCAUUUCGGAUACAGAAGAUGAAGACUUUGAUGGAUUUGUGGAUGAGGAUUGAUCAAAACAAUAACGUGAAUACAUUGUUCAAUACUUCAAUAAAGUACAACCAAACUCAGUUUUGCGCCCGCUGCCUUUUUAAAUGCUAGCGUAUGUUUUACCAUGCCUGCGCCCAAUCAUACGGUGCGCCUUAAGUAUGUGUUAAAUACAGAAAUAGACCCCGUAACUGAGACUGCGCCUUUUAAUACGGUGCGCCUUGUGGUCGUGAAAAUACGGUACUCUAAUAUAAAAAGUAACUCAUUAGAUUACAUAUGACGUCACCAGACGACAUUUUUGGAGUAACGCGGUACCGCUGUCACUGGUCACGGCAAUGUAAAUAGAAAUGAAUGCAUGAAAUCCAGCCUUACGUGUGCCUCAGAAGCCUGACUUGCUUAGCCAUUUCAAGCUGGGUUGCUCGGCAACAGACUUGUCUACUCUACAUGUGCAGCCAGACAAUGAACAGGAGGAGGAUUCAGUGCAACAACAUGAGACAAUGAUGUUUUUCUUGCUCUCUAAUGGGCGCACGCACACACACACACACACACACACUUCUGUUUUCAGACAGAUGGAAGGAAGCGUUCGCACACACCUGGUGAGCUCCAGAGCGGGGACACAGGCGCCAGGCCGGUACGAGGCACUGCCUCUGUAUUCCUUUGCGAAGGUGAGGUCCUGCAUGCUGGCCCGGCCAUCCAGAACCUUCACACACUGACGCUGAACAAACUGCUUCACCUGGCUGAUGUCCCGCGUCUCAAAGAGCAGCUUGAUAGAACGCUCUAGAAUCUGAAAAUAAUGCAUGUAAAAAUGAGCUGAUCAAUCAUUCAUUUUAAUAAAGAAGCCAGCUUACGGUAGGCUUAUGUGUGUAGUUAUGCAUCUAAACAUGAAUUAAUGAAAUGUAUAUGUACUACAUCUUCUAUGUCUUGCUUCUAUUUUUGUAAUGUAUUUAAAUUAAUUACAUAUGAUCAGGUUCCUUUCUAUUAAACAUAUUUGGGUUGAAAUGUUAAACAAAUAAAACAUUCCCAUGGCACUUCA